ACUUUUUCAUCAAAGCUACACCGGCUCUGCCGGUAAUUCCGAACUCAAGUCGAAAUAUCUCAGUCGCUCACUUCCCACCUUGAACCAUGUCAACGCAGUCCCCACCAGUGAAGCAGGCGCAGCAGCUGACGCCUUUUGCAGCUGCGUUGGCUGGCGCCCUCGGAGCUUGCUUCAGUAACGCUGUGGUGUAUCCUCUAGAUGUCGCUAAGACCAGGAUACAGGUGACCUCGUCAGCUGCGCGAGGAAAGCGUAAGGACGAGCUGAGUAUGCUGUCGAUGAUACUCGACAUAUUCAAAGAAGAGGGAAUUAAUGGAUGGUACAGAGGAUUUGCUGCGACUAUGCUAAACACUUUCUCGAUGCAAUAUGCCUACUUCUUCUUCUACUCAUUCAUGCGUUCAUCUUACAUCAAACGCAUGACUUUGAAGCUUCCUCCUGGAUCAAGACCUCCUUCACUAUCUACAGCUGCUGAACUUUCCCUCGGGGCAGCCGCAGGCGCGCUAUCCCAGAUCUUCACGAUUCCUGUAUCUGUAAUCGCAACUCGGCAGCAAGUCGGGCGCUCUGUCCGAGAGUCAUCCCAGGAAGAGGGACAAAUGGACGAGUCUUUCUUGGCCGUCGCUCGUGAGAUCAUUCGAGAGGAUGGCGUCACGGGCCUUUGGCUGGGCAUCAAGCCUGGCAUGGUCCUUACCGUGAACCCUGCCAUCACAUACGGCGUUUAUGAGCGCCUCAAGACCUUGUUGUUGAUCGCAAGUUCUGUAAAUGGCAAAUUGAGCCCAGGAACGACGUUUUUGCUUGGGGCAUUUAGCAAGACGCUUGCCACUAUUGUAACCUAUCCAUAUAUUAUGGCCAAGGUUAGAAUUCAGGCCCGUACCGGUGAUGCGGAUGUAUCAGAGACCGACAGUUUACCUGGUGGUCAAAACGAAAAGACUAAACCCAAGGCAAAACAAGCCGGUGCCCUUGGCCUCCUCCUCAGAGUUCUGAGGAAAGAAGGAUUUGUAGGAUGGUAUCAGGGGAUGUCCGCACAGAUCAUCAAAGCUGUACUGUCUCAGGCAUUGUUGUUUGUAUCCAAGGAACAGUUCGAGCAUUGGGCCCUGGUAAUCAUGGUGUUGUUUGCAAAGUUCACUUCGCGGUCAUGACAAUAGAUGAUUGUAAUCAGGAUCAGUUGGUUGUUUGCUUUCUGGGCGUAGUGUACACCUUUUGUGUUGCGUAUCGUCCUAGUACCUUGAUAAAUGAAGAGACGGAUCAUGUACCAAUCCCGAUGAGGCGCGUCUGGCUGCAGGGCGCUAUCUUAUUUACUUCUAUGUAGUUGUCAGGCAGCGAGUCGCGGAUCUGAUCGAGUCA